AUGGGAGCCAAAUGGAUUUUAAAAGAGGAUUAUAACAAUAUCAAAUAAAGUAAUAAUACAAUUUAUAUUAAGAUUGGUAUUUAUUUAAAGGUUAAUCAGCUAUAAGUGUUUUGAAUUCAGAAAGCUAUUUAGGAGGAGAAAAUAAAUUCAAAGAAGAUACAAUCCUUGAACAUUAUUAUAAUCUGUAAUCUCAUAAUUAAGUAACAAUAAAAAUUCGAGCAAUUUUCUCCAGUUGUGUAGAAUAUUUUGAAGUGUAAUUGGAUGAUAUGGGAUCAAUUAUUGAUAGGAGUUAAUUUACUCCCCUAAUAGUAAUUGAUUUGGAAAUAAGUUACUUUCACACUAGUUAAUCAGCAUUUUUUUCUUUAAAAGCUUUUCGGUUAUCUACUUGUUCAAAUUCUAAUACUUGGUGGGGUAUUUUUGCAGUUGAAAUCCAUGUUUCAAAUUGUUAAGAAUUUGAAGAUUAUUGUGAACCAGGAUCAAAUAAUAGAUGGUUAUUAUUAAACUCCUUACUUCAUUUUAAACUUAGAGAUUGGUAAAUAACUUCAGGAGGUGCCACAUCAACAUAUAAUUUUCCAGGUAUACUGAAAAUUUAAUAUAGAUUUUUAAAUUAUGUUUAAACAUUUUUCAGGUACUUAAUAGCUUCAAAAAUAUGUGCUUAUACCUUAUCCAACGAAAGUAAAAUCAAAUUCAAACUAUUUUUUGAGAAAUAACCUGAUUAAAUAACAAUACUUAUAAAUAAUUUUUAAACUUUAUGGCCAAUAAAUAAAUAUUUUAACUACUACACUGAAUCUGGAUCUCCAAAGUGGUGGAUUUAUAAUAUAGAAAUAGAUAUUAACAAUCAUAAAAGCGAUUUAUUGUCUAUUGUUUUACUUCUUUUAGAAAGUAAACCAUCAAAUGAAGUGAGUGUAUUUGAUUUUUUUGUAUUUUAUUAAGAAUAGAAUAUCAUUUUGGCACCAAUUUUAGGGUGUUUAAAUAAUGUAGGCCUAUAUUGUUUUUCUUGUGAGAUAGGGUGGUAAUUAAAUCUUGUAGAAUAGAAAUGUAUAUCUAUUUGUGGUGAUAACAAACUGUAAGCAAACGAAGAUUGUGAUGAUGGUAAUGAUAUUGCUUAUGAUGGUUGCUAUAAAUGUAAAUUUGAAUGUUCAUUAGAUUGUUAAUAAUGUUAUUUUGGUAAAUGUUUGAAGUGGCACAAUUCUUAAAAUUUAGAUAAUUAUUAUAUUUAAAAAAAGGUUUAAGAUUGUUAAAGCAACUAAGGUUAUUAUUUUGAUACUUUAUCUGAUAUUUGUUAACCUAUUUGUGGUGAUCAAAUAAUAACAUUAGAAGAAGAAUGUGAUGAUGGAAAUAGUUUAUUUAAUGAUGGAUGUAUGAAUUGUAAAUUCAUAUGUUCUGAUAACUGUUCAAAUUGUUAAUAUGGCAAAUGCUAUGAAUGUAAUCCUGGUUAUAUAAUAAACAAAUUUAAAUGCAUUCCAGAAUGUGGAGAUCAAUUAGUAAAAGUAGAUGAAAUAUGCGAUGAUGGAAAUAAUAUUAGAUUUGAUGGAUGUCAUAAAUGUUAAAAUAGUUGCUAAUUAGAAUGCAUUAAUUGUUACUAUACUAACUGUAUAGAAUGCUUAUAAGGUUGGAAUAUAAUUGAAGGUAAAUGUGAAAAAAGAUGUGGAGAUGGAUAAGUUGCUUUUAUGUCUAAUGAAUAAUGUGAUGAUCCUUUUGAUAACUAUUUUGUGGAUUGUUCUUAUUAAUUUUGUUAAGAUAAUUGUUAAGUUUGUAACUAAAAUUAGUGCAUAUCUUGUUUCUUUCCAUAUUAAUUGAUUAAUGGGCUUUGUUAACCUAUUUGUGGGGAUUCAAUCGUUUCACUUUAAUUUGAAUAAUGUGAUGAUGGUAAUUAAAUUCCAUAUGAUGGAUGUCAUGAAUGUCAAUAUUCAUGUUCUUAUGGAUGUAUAUAAUGUGAAAAAGAUAAUAUUUGCAAACAAUGUGAAUAAAAUCUUUUUUUGCUAGAUCCUUUAACAGCUAAAUGUAAAUAAAUUAAUCAAUUAAAUGAUGAUAUCUAAAAAUAUUAAAUAGAUUCAGUAAAUAGUACUAUCAAUAUAAUAUGUAAUAAAAAUUAUAUACUAAUUGAUAAUUUAUGUGCGAAUCAAUGUGGAAAUGGAUAACUCAAUAGUUAUUAUGAAGAAUGUGAUGAUGGCAAUAAUAAUGGAGGUGAUGGAUGUUCUUCUUUAUGUACUGUUGAAGAAUUUUUUAGAUGUAUUAAUCUUGAAAACUAAUUUACUACAUGCACAUUUAUUAAACCUCCUGAUUUCGAUUUAAACUGUCUUUCUAAUAAGAAGAAUUAAACUCAAAUUAUUGAAUUGACUUUCACAAAAUCAAUUAGAUUAAACUAUCCGUCUGAAUUAGACGAAGUUAUAAUUUUUAGAAUCACCCCAAAAAUUAUUCAUCAACUAACUUUGAUUCCAUUAUAAAAUCUUUCCAUCCAUUUGAACAAUCCAAUUUAUUAGAUUUUUGUCUAAUUUCUGGAAUAUGUUGAAAAUCCUAAAUUAGAGGUUGAAAUCUCUAAAUUUUUAAUAUUAGAUGAAUUUGAUUUAGAAUUAUAAUCCUUUAAUAAAAGUGUUAGUCUUGGAAAUCCUAAUCUCUGA